AUGGAGCUCGAGGAGGACUUGGAUGUGCUGGAUCCAGAGAGGUUAAUCCAGUGCCCGUUGGUCAAACACCAUCUGAUCAGAGCACGACGCUUUCCCUAUCACCUGGUGAAGUGUAAGGAGAGCAAUCCUGAAAUUGCAAAGAAAUUGGCCACGUGUCCCUUCAAUGCUCGUCACCUGGUUCCUCAGGAUGACCUCAGUGACCACAUCAUGAAGUGCAACGACAAAGCCUUUGUGGAGCAAGAUGUGGCGAGCUGGUCCUGUGAGCCCCCUCAGGAGCAGCUGAAUAAUGGGAGUACAUGGCAGGCACCUCCAUGUGCUGAAGAUUGGGAAACAGAGUUGCUGGAGGGAUCUGAGUCUACUUUUGUCUGGGGUGUAAUCAACUCUGCCAUAAACAGCACCAUCAGUGACCAGAACAACUCGUUGCCCGCACGGAUGCGGCCCCCUGAGACCCUCCCGUACACCAUGUCUGCAGGACUAAUUCAAAAUAUCAAUUCCUCCCCCUGGAACUUGGUUUUGCCCCAGCAGUAA